AUGAAAAAUAUUCUUAAAUUGUUUAUAUUAAUUACGCUAUUAUUAUCGAUAAUUGAACUCAUCAAUGGAGAUCUUUUACAAAAUGGUCUUCCAUUAAGAUAUCAUGUUAGUGGUGUUAUUCAAUUACCUUAUGCCGAAAUAAAUGAACCAUUUGAAUCAUGGAUUGAUGUUGAAUUAGGUUAUUCACGUAUUGAUUAUUAUGGCGGUGCAGCAAAGACUGUUCAACGAAAAGGUACAAGUGAUAAAGAUUUUGGAGCUAAUUACAAAAUUGUACCAAUAUCUAAUGAACAAGUAUUAAAUAAAAUAACUUGUUUUCAAUCUAAUGGUUCAAAAGAAGAAUUAGCCGAUAUACAACAUAGUAUACCAGAUAUAAAUUCAUUUGAAGAUUUAGGUCCAGCUGAAUGGCGUGGAAUAAAAUGUCAAAUGUAUCAAAAUAUUGAUCAAGAAGGUGAUAAAAGAUCUACAUAUACUUAUUAUAUAAAUGCUGAAACAAAACAUCCAGUUCAUUAUGAAAUGUUUGGUUAUGAUACAUUAAUUGGAUCUCAUUUUGAUAAAUAUACAAUUGAUUAUUAUAAUUAUGAUGAAGAACCAAUUGAUGCAAAUUUAUUUCAUAUUCCUGAUGAAAUGGAAUGUAUUGAAUUUCCAGAUUCUGAUAUAUCUUCACAUGUUUUAUUUAAUCCAAUGAGUGAAUAUAUAAAUCAUCAUGGUGAAGAUGAUCUUCUAACAUCAUUUGAUAAAUAUAAGAAAAAACAUGGAUAUAAAUAUAAAGAUGAAAUUGAACAUCGCCAUCGAUUAAAAAUUUUUCGACAUAAUAAUCGUUAUGUAAAUACACGUAAUCGUGCUGGACUUACAUAUAAAAUGAAAUUAAAUAAAUUUGCUGAUCGAACUGAUGAUGAAUUACGAGUAAUACGAGGUCGUCGUCAUACAAAAGGUUAUAAUGGUGGUCUUCGUUUUCCAAUAGAAGAAUUAACAAAGGAUAAUCGAGCUAUUCCACAUUCAAUUGAUUGGCGUAUUAUGGGUGCUGUUACACCAGUUAAAGAUCAAGGUAUUUGUGGUUCAUGUUGGUCAUUUGGCACAACAGGUGUUAUUGAAGGUGCUUAUUUUGUUAAACAUGGAUCAUCCAUUCGUUUAUCUGAGCAAGAUUUAAUUGAUUGUUCAUGGGGUUUUGGUAAUAAUGGUUGUGACGGUGGUGAAGAUUAUCGUUCAUAUCAAUAUAUUAUGAAACAUGAUGGAAUAGCUCUUGAAGAUACUUAUGGUCCAUAUUUACAAGAAGAUAGUUUUUGUCAUCAUGACAUGGUAACAAAAGGUGCUAAAAUUCUUGGUUAUGUUAAUGUAACUGAAAAUGAUACAGAAGCAUUAAAGAUUGCUAUUGCCAAAAAAGGUCCAAUUUCUGUUGGUAUUGAUGCUGCUCAUAAAAGUUUUGUAUUUUAUGCUAGUGGAGUCUAUUAUGAACCUGAAUGUGGUAAUACACCUGAAGAUUUAGAUCAUGCAGUAUUAGCAGUUGGUUAUGGUACAUUAAAUGGUGAAGAUUAUUGGCUUGUAAAAAAUUCUUGGUCAACAUAUUGGGGUAAUGAUGGUUAUGUACUUAUGUCUCGUAAGAAUAACAAUUGUGGUGUAGCUACAGCAGCAACUUAUGUUAUUGUUGCAUAA